CUGCUGGGGAUUGUAGUUUGUAGUGGUUCCUAGUGUCUCCCUGUCAUGGCUGCUUCCAGUUAGGGAGAAGGUGGACAGGUUGUGCUUUGGAAUCAGCAGGGCCCAGUGGGAGACGUACAGCUGCCAAGUUGUCUUGGGGCCGUCGUGUCAAGAAACCCAAGAGGUUAUAGUGAACCGUUCACCAGGCGGGACCUGUAAAGCAAGAGCAACUUUUUCAUGUGAAAAAAUGCAAGAACCUGCAUCCCAAACGCGCCAUCCUUUGCAGUCUGAAGAAGUUGGGGUUGACCCAUUACAGAGUGAUCUGGAAAAGCAUGAUGAUCUAGGAAUGUCGGCCGAUGAAAAAAGGCGUGAGCCAGCCUCCGAAUCAGAAAACAUCUUUAUAUCGUACAGCAAAGAAUGGCAAGAACUUUUUGUAAACAGCAAUUAUUUGGCAGCGAUCCGUCUGAAAGGGAUUAAUGGGCAGCUGAGAAGCAGCAGGUUCCGGAGUGUUUGCUGGAAGCUGUUUCUAAAUGUUUUACCCCAAGACAGAAGCCAAUGGAUAAGUAAAACGGCAGAGUUAAGAACGUGGUAUAAAAAGAUUAAGGAAAUACAUAUUACAAAUCCCAGGAAAGCUGCCGGACAGCAGGACUUAAUGAUAAAUAAUCCUUUGUCACAGGAUGAGGGGAGUCUGUGGAAUAGGUUCUUUCAGGAUAAAGAGCUCCGAGCGAUGAUUGAGCAGGACGUCAAAAGAACAUUUCCUGAAAUGCAGUUCUUCCAGCAGGAGGAUGUGAGAGGAAUCCUCACUGAUGUGCUCUUCUGUUAUGCAAGAGAGAAUGAACAUUUGCUUUAUAAGCAGGGAAUGCACGAAUUGUUGGCGCCCAUAUUAUUCAUACAGCAUUGUGAUCACCAAGCCUUUAUGCAUGCAAGUGAAGCUGCGCAACCCAGCGAGGAAAUGAAAGUUCUGUUAAAUCCUGAUUACCUGGAGCAUGACGCCUACGCCUUGUUUUCAAACCUUAUGGGAAGUGCUGAGCCUUGGUUUUCCACAUAUGAGCAAGAUUCCCGCAAGGAGAAGGAUGCAAUGAUUUCCACCAUGCCAUUUGCCAGACCUCAAGACAUAGGGCCUUCUAUUGCUAUUGUGACAAAGGUGAAUCACAUCCAAGACCAGUUACUGAAGAAAACCGACAUCGAGCUCUACAUGCAUCUCAACAGGCUGGAAAUUGCUCCUCAGAUCUACGGACUACGAUGGGUGAGACUCCUCUUUGGUCGAGAAUUUCCGCUCCAGGACCUCCUUGUAGUUUGGGAUGCGCUCUUUGCAGACAGCAUUACUCUAGCGUUGGUGGAUUAUAUUUUUGUAGCCAUGCUUUUAUACAUCAGGGAUGCAUUAAUCUCCAGCAACUUUCAGACGUGCCUGGGUCUCCUAAUGCACUACCCACCGAUCGGUGACGUUCACUCCCUCAUUCUCAAGGCUCUGUUUCUGCGAGACCCAAAGAAAAAUCCAAGGCCAAUAAGUUAUCAGUUUCAUCAGAAUUUAGACUACUAUAGAGCGCGUGGACUUGAUUUUAUGAACAGGUCACGUACAAACACCAAGCCUACGCCGCUCAAUAUAAACAAAGUGUCCAACAGUUUACUUAAUUUUGGACGGAAGUUAAUCGGGCCAGCAAUCCCUACUGGGAGUUCUAUGAACCAUAUGACUUCACCAUCAAACACCAACACAAGCCAUAAUGCUGGGAAGAAUAGUUUUAUGGUAGCUGUGCCAAGCCAAUCUGUCAUGGUGCCGCCUUCUUAUCAUGCCUCAACAUCCCAACAGAUUCGGCAAAAUCAGCGCAUUAUGAAGUCGGAGAGCAUGCCAGUGCAGCUCAGUAAAGGCCAAAGCUCCAAGAAUGUGAGUUCAUCUCCCAGCAUCGAGAGUUUGCCUGGAGGCUGUGACCACACAGAUUCUCCUCCUCUGUCAGCUGGGAAGAAAGAUUCCUUCUUCAGCAAUAUCUCGCGCUCUCGUUCUCAUAGCAAAUCCCAAGGGAAAAGGGAGUCUGAAGAAGAUCUUGAAGCUCAAAUUUCAUUCCUUCAGGGACAGCUGAAUGAUUUAGAUGCCAUGUGCAAGUACUGUGCAAAAAUCAUGAAUACUCACCUUGGCCAUAUUCAGGAUGUCGUCUUACAAGAGAAGUUGGAAAGAGAAGACAAAAUCCAGGUGUCUCUGGCAGUGUUGAAACAGGUAAAGGAUAUUUUGAAGGGAUCACUGCAAUUUAACCAGAGUCAACUUGAAGCUGAAGAGAAUGAAGAGAUUACCAUCACCGAUGAUCAUUACUGCUCCAGCAUGCAGUUGAAAGAGGGAGAGAUGCAGGAGUUGUUGCCUCAUGAUCCGCUACAGCCACGUCAGGUUGAAGAUGACUUGUCUGGAAACACGGAGUCUCGACACUCAGAUGACUAUAUCCUGAUUCCCAAGGAAGAUGGCAGCAGUGGCUCUGACCAUGACUUGGAGUCAAAAGAAACAAUGCAGAAACAUAAAGUUGUGGAACAGAAGAAAGAACCUUCAUCCCAUGCACUGACCUUUUCUGACCCUCUUAUGCAUGGAAACACACCUUCAAGUAUCCUCAGCUCUAGCCCAGAUGAUGACAGCAACAACAGCAGCAAAGAUUCUGACUUCACCAUUGUUAGCCCAUUAGAUAUUUAAUGGUUAUCUCUGUUUUCUUUCUUAUUUUUUUUUAUACUUUCUAAAAUGAGAAACACCCUUCAUAAUAUAUGUAGGGAGUAGUUUUAUUAUCUAUGAGCCGCAGGAUGAGCCAGAUCUUGUCAUUUAUGCAAGCUGCUAAUCGGAGCACAAAGUAACAAUUGACAUAACAGAGAAUAUAGCCAUUGUCAUUAUUGCCUUUUGUUUAUAUUUACCACUAUAUGAUAUGUUUACUGGAUACAGAAUGCAAGUUAUGGCUUUAAUUCAUGCUAGGACAGUGUUGGUCUCGCUGGUUUUGAUUACAAUGAAUGACGGUGCUUGCAAGGACUGAUAGUUCUACAGAAGCUGGAGAGCAACUGGUUGCCUAACCAAGCUUAGGAAAAUCAAGGUUUUCUAGUAAAAUGGUACUUAAAAAAACGAUGUCAAUAAUGCCAACAGAAGUAUGUGUUCAACUAAUAAAGUAAAUAAAGACUA